UGGCCGGUGUCGCCGCGCGCGGGUGGAAGGCGCGGGCGGGGCCGGCGCGGGGUGGGCGGGCCGGGGCGGGCCGGGGCGGGCCGGGGGCGGCGGCCGCAGAGCCGCUCCAGGGCCGCAGUGGCCGCCGCCGAGCGAGGCCGCCUCGGGAGAGCCCUGGGCGCAGACGGGCCGCCGGGGCCGCGCCGAGCAGCGCCCCCAGCCCAGAUGCCCGCCUAGCGCCUUCCCCGCGCCUUCUGGAGGAGUGAUGGAGGAGAGGAGGGCUGGCAGGCCACCCUGGUGUCUGCUGCUCCUCCUGUCGCUCCCUCAGCUCGGCCUGGACCAGGAGGUCUCCCCUGGACCCUUCCUGCAGACGCCCGCUGACGAGGGCCCCGUCCCGGAGGGCGUCUGGGGGCCCUGGGGCCCGUGGGCCUCUUGCUCCCAACCGUGUGGGGUGGGGGUGCAGCGCAGGAGCCGCUCAUGCCAGCUCCCCAGCCCGCAGCACCCCCGCAGCCUGCCCCUCCCGCCCCGCACCCCAGGGCGCCCGGAAGCCCUGCUGCGCCAGGGCCAGGGCCCCAGGCCCCACAGUCCCCGAGAGACCCUCCCCGCGCAGCCUUGGGGAAGAGGAGGCGCACCUCGAGGUCCGGCUUCCCAGGCCGGGCGGGAGGAAGCCCAGGAGACCCCCGGACCCCGGAGGUCCCGGGUCCGAGACCCCAUCAAGCCAGGGAUGUUUGGCUACGGGAGAGUGCCCUUUGCCUUGCCACUGCAUCGGAACCGCCGGCACCCCGGGAGGCCACCUCGGUCUGAGAGCUCCCCGCCCCCAGAGCGCCCAGAGGGGACUCCAGGAGGAGAGCUGUCCCCUGCAAAUCGGACUGCCCACUCCACACCCCCUCCGGCAGAACCCCCGAGCCCCAGCGCUGUUGGGGCAGGAGUGCCCGCUAGAAGCCCGCCUGUCCCCACAAGUGCCCACCUUCCAGCCCAGGCCCACAGAAGUGUCCAGCCCGCAGCUCUAGAAGCAGACAGCUCCCUCCGCGCUUCCUCUCAGCCCGCGAGGCCAAGGGUCCAGCCUUGGGCCCAUUCCCAGACGACAGAAAGACACCCUAACCGCUUCCUUCCUGUCCCCCGGGGCCGAGGCCAGCAGAGCCGGGAGCACAGGAGGUCUGGGGAGACCCCCCACAGGCCCCUUGCCGGCUGGCUGCCGCUGCUGAGUGACACCCCCCAGACCGGCUCCCGGUGGAGCAUCUUUGCCCCCAGCAGUCCAAGGUGUUCCGGGGAGCCCGAGCAGCUGAGAGCCUGCUUCCAAGAGCCCUGCCCCCCGGAGCAGCCGGACCCCCGGGCCCUGCAGUGCGCAGCCUUCGACUCUCAGGAGUUUAUGGGCCAGCUGUACCAGUGGGAGCCCUUCACGGAAGUCCAGGGCUCCCAGCGCUGCGAACUCAACUGUCGGCCUCGUGGCUUCCGCUUUUAUGUCCGUCACACCGAGAAGGUCCAGGAUGGGACCUUGUGUCAGCCCGGUUCCCUCGACAUCUGCGUGGCAGGACGCUGUCUGAGUCCCGGCUGUGACGGGAUCCUGGGCUCGGGCAGCCGUCCAGAUGGCUGUGGUGUCUGUGGGGGUGAUGAUUCCACCUGCCGCCUUGUCUCAGGGAACCUGACUGACCGGGGCGGCCCUCUGGGCUAUCAAAAGAUCCUGCUCAUUCCUGCCGGGGCCUCUCAGCUCCAGAUCGCCCAGCUCCGGCCCAGCUCCAACUACCUCGCACUUCGAGGUCCCGGGGGCCGCUCGAUCAUCAAUGGGAACUGGGCAGUCGAUCCUCCCGGGUCCUAUACGGCGGGGGGCACCACCUUCCAGUACCGCCGUCCCCCCCGGGAGGAAGGCGUGGGUGAGAGCCUGUCAGCCCAGGGUCCCCUCACACAGCCCGUGGACGUCUAUAUGAUCUUCCAGGAGGAGAACCUGGGUGUUUCUUACCAGUAUGUCAUCUCCUCGCCCCCCACCCCCGAGACCCCCACCCCUGAGCCCCGUGCUCCCCUCCCGCUGCCUGAGACCUUGAAGGCGGUGCCCCCGGCGGUGGCAGCCCCCCGGCCCGCCCGCAACCCCGGCACUCGGCAUCGGCAGGUGCGCAUCCCCCAGGUGCUGGCGCCCCCUCAGCCCCGGAGCCCUGGGGGCACCCCCUCCGGCUACUGGAAGCAAACAGGGCUCUCUGAGUGCUCAGCGUCCUGCGGGGAAGGUGUCUUGCACCCCAUCUUUCUCUGCAUUUCUCGGGAGUCCGGGGAGGAACUGCAUGAACGAAGCUGUGCCACAGCCAGCAAGCCCCUGGUGUCCCUGAAGCCCUGCCACGGCCCUCCGUGUCCUCCGUUCUGGGAGGCCGGCGAGUGGACAUCAUGUAGCCGUUCCUGCGGGCCUGGGAUCCAGCACCGUCAGCUGCUCUGCCGCCAGGAGUUUGGGGCUGGGGGCUCCUCGGUGCCGCCCGAGCGCUGUGGCCACCUGCCCCGGCCCAACGUCACCCAGGCCUGCCAGCUGCGCCUCUGCGGCCACUGGGAGGUCCAGUCCCCCUGGAGCCAGUGCUCAGUGCGGUGCGGGCGUGGCCAGCGGACCCGGCAGGUGCGCUGCGUAGGAAACAACGGGGACGAAGUCAGCGAGCGGGAGUGUGUGCUGGGCCCCCCGCGGCCCCCCAGCAAGGAGGCCUGUGACAUGGGGCCCUGCACUACGGCCUGGUUCCACAGCGACUGGAGCUCCAAGUGCUCAGCCGAGUGCGGGACGGGGAUCCAGAGGCGCACUGUCCUCUGCCUGGGCAGCGGGGAGGCUCAGGGCACCGGCCCGGCCGAGGCCGGGGCAGGAGGCCCCGCGCACAGCUGCGCCCCGGGGACCCGCCCUGCCGACAUGCGGGCCUGCAGUCUGGGGGCCUGCGAACUGAGCUGGCGCUGGUUUGCCGGGCCCUGGGCCGAGUGCUCCUCAGAAUGCGGCUUGGGCACCCAGCGCAGAGACCUCAUCUGUGUGUCCAAGCUGGGCACCGAGUUCAACGUCACGGCUCCCAGUAGCUGCUCCCACCUGCCCAAGCCCCCGGCCCUGCGGUCUUGUCAGGGCCACAACUGCCGGGAUCGCUGGUUCUCCACCCCCUGGAGCCCGUGCUCUCGCUCCUGCCAGGGCGGUGUGCAGACCAGGGAGGUGCAGUGCCUGACGGCCAACCAGACCCUCAGCGCCCGGUGCCCUCCGCACCUGCGCCCCUCCAAGAAGCGGCCGUGCAACAGCCAGCCCUGCGGGCAGAGCCCUGAUGACCAGUGCCAGGACAACUCUCCACACUGCCCCCUGGUGGUGCAGGCCCGACUCUGCGUCUACCCCUACUACGUGGCCACCUGCUGCCGCUCCUGCGCCCACGUCCUGGACAGGCCCGCCGCGGAGCCCGCCUGAGGGUCCCGGGGACCCCUCCCUCGUGCUUUCCUCAUGCCACUCAGUCACCCGUCGGCGUGGGGGCGAGUGUGCUGUGUGAUUCACCCCAGCACGUGCGUCUGGGCUGGUCUGGACACGCGUGCGACUUCUCAGAAGCAAGACCGAGUGGAAACGGGGGGCGGGUGGGGGCGGGGG